GGAUUGCCGGCAGUCAAUGUAGUGUUGGCACAUGCCUCCCAUCAGUUAGAAGCCGGGGGCUACUGCGAGGUGGCGCUCAGUGUGCGAGCUGUGGCUUUGGGAACUUUGGCAGAGCGCUUGUAUAGCCAAAAACUGGGAAUACAAGCUCGGUUUACGGGAGUAGCCAUCAUGGCAGGAUUUAAAAGAACUAACAAAGACAAACAGCCUAAGCGCAAUACGCAGUCUUUGCUGUUUAAGCGCAAACGCUUUUGCCGCUUUACUGUAGCAGGGGUAAAAGAGAUAGACUAUAAAGACGUAGAUACGCUGCGUGACUUUUUGGCUGAAAACGGCAAAAUUAUUCCCGCUCGUUUGACGGGUACACGUGCUAUUUACCAGCGCCAGUUGAAUACUGCGAUACGCCGUGCCCGCUUUUUGGCUAUGCUGCCAUACAGCGAUCAGCAUAAAAUG